CGACUGCCGCCUCUCUAGAUAGCCUGUCCCCACUGCGCCUGCGACCGUCCUCCUGUCUGACGUAGCAACAUUAAAGACGUGCAUCUUCAGCGGCCCGCGCACUUGCACGUUGCACCAGCACCAUCUUCAUCUAUAUCUCGGCCAAUCCCGUCCAUCCUUGUGCUCUAGGCAGCCCGCUCGCCGCUUUCAAGCAAACACCACACACACGCACCAACACACCAGUCACUGGCCAAAAUAUCCACUCUCCCUUGGUCGCUUGCUCCUCUCACCCUCUCGCCCGCUCACUCCAGCAUGCCUCACUCGGCCAACAAUUCCACGUCCACUCCCACCAAAAUGUCGCGGCCCUCGUCAACCUCAACCUACUCUGGUACUGCUUUUCCCAAACAGGCAGGUGCCGCCCUGUUGUGCCCCGACAACACUGGAGCAGGACAGCCCUCGCCCUCGCAGUCGCAGUUCUCGUUUACAUCUUCGCCCUUUUCCAUGCUGGAAAUUGAAGACAGUUCGCGCCAAUAUCCCCAAAGCACAACCGAGAAUGCCUACGGUUCGCUGCGGCCCAUGACGUCCAGUGCGCGUGCAAAGUUCUUCGAAGACCAAUUCUCCUACAGAGGGACCGUCAUCUCGUCGGCUCGCGAGCGCAUCUCCAAAGACGCUCCCAUUGUCGCUGAGUUGCGCACCAAUGUCAUCAUCAAGGACGAAUACACCCUGGUCACCGACUUGUCGCACCACCUCUCAACGCGCUACCAAAGGCCCGAGGCCUCCAUCAUGAUCACGGUCAAUCACUCUGCAUGCCUUCUUCUUGGCGGAUCCUUUGAGCCGACUUACAUCCUGACCAUCAACGCGCUGCCCGUCCAAGUCCAGCCCAUGACCAACAAGCGCAAUGCAGCUCUCAUCCAAACCUUCAUGGCCGAGUCUAUUGGCGUUCCAGCCGACCGAGGCAUCGUCAAGUUCAUUCCCAUUGUCGAAGAGAAUCUGGCGACCAACGGCAUGACUAUUCUAGGCGAAAUUGAGAGGCUGGAGCGCCAGCAGGCCGAUGAGAACGGUACUACCAACGUCAAACGCGGCAGGACCAAGAACUCGCGCAAAUCCUCCGUGUUCAAAGCCAAGAGCACCAUGCAGCUCUCUCAUGGCUCUUCCAAAACCGACCUAGCCUUGAACCCAGCCAUCACCUCCGAGGUUCCCCUUGACGGACCACUCGAUUCCGCAGUGGCCAUCAAUGAAACGGCCAUGGACGAAGAGCCUGUCAAAAGCAAAAUGACCAACAAGAAAUCCGAGCCCAUGCUUUCCAUGUUCAGCAAGAGCAGCAGCGCCAAUCUAGCACAGCGGCCCAUCACAGCCGACCGGCCCGUCACGCCAGGUAUCAACAAGCGUCACAGCUUCUUGAAGGUUUUCCGUCGAUGAGGGGCCAACACACAAUGUUCGACAUUCUUUACCGUUUAUCAUUUUGUUACAAAUGUGUUGCAGGGGUUGCCCUGCGACAGAAACCUGCCUUUUGUGUACACACACACACACACACACAC